AGUACAAACCAUGUCUGUUGAAUGACAUCUGAUCACAUAAUAACGGUGUUUAAACGAUGCAUCAUCGGAACGGCUUGUUGUGUUUAUACGAAACCGCGGUGUACACUGGGAAAACUUGGCUCAGGAAAAAUAUGGCGUCUCGCUGACAGCUGUGCAGGGGAGAAAGAGAUGGGAUCAGGGGCCGUGGAUUCGUCCCAGUGGUUGUCUGUAAAGGAGGAGACUAUUUUUCUUCACGAUGGGCUGAUUCGGGUCACGGACCUUGCCGAAUUACCCAGCGAAAUCGGAGUCUCGGAGCAGGGUGACGCUGAGCAGGAGAUCCUUACUUUUGAGACCAAGAAUCCAGUGGAGCUAGCUGAGCGCCUACGUGCUGUUUGUGGCAACCAGAGCAACGCAUAUGCCCGGCUCCUGGAGUACCGACUUAAUGCUCUGCGUGGCCUCUGGGGGGCACAGCGACAGCUGGCCUUGGAAGAGCAGCAAGAGCGAGAGGGUGCAGCAGCAGCUGCUGGCACCGGAGCAGGGACUGAUGAAGAGGCCUUGGCCCUCCUGAAGCGGCAGGGCCUCCUGCAGCAGCAGCACUUACUUGCCCACCACCACCCACCGCUGCCUCCAGGGUCAGAUCAGGCUCCCUUCACAUCGCGUGUGGGACUAUUGCUUGUCUUUCCUCUGCUGCAGUCGCAGACUCGCCAUGACCCAGCGCUUGGCGGUGUCACUGCUGAAGUACUGUUAGCAUGUCUGCGUGACUGUCAACCUCUCAGCCUGGGAAAGGAACCUGCUGAUUGCCUCAAUGGCUUGGAGGGGCUACUUUGCACUUGGUUGGAGCAGGGAGGUGAACAUGGAGGAGUAGUUCUGUCACACGAAAGGCCAUUGCUGACACAGCGACAAAGGGAGAAUGCAGCUGCUGCACUUGUGGCAUUGGCGUGUGCCAGGGGAUCUCUGAAGACAUUCAUCCACACAGUUCACCUACUGCAGAAACAAACAAACCUUGGGCAGCUUCCUGUGGCAGAUGUCCUGUAUAGACUUCUUCUUCUUGAAGGGGGUCCAGGCUCUCCGUCGUGUUUGCUAGGGGGUAAGCAUAUUGUCUCCUGGGGCUUUGAAGACAUGCUCCCCGCCCCAGACAGCAGUGCAGCAGGAACAGAGGCUAAAGACACAGACCUGGGCCGCUGCUUGGCUACAGAUGGCCUAUAUCUUUACACGACUAACUCUUUUGGGAGAGGCUUGAGCAAGCUGGGCUCAGGCCUUCAUGGCACACUGAGGGGUUUUGUGUAUUGUCGAAAUGAAGACCUAGAAGCUGGUUGGGUAGUGCACAGCUGUGGUCGACUACUCCACCGCCCAGCCUCCUUUGAUUCUAAACCUCAUCAGCUUUGCCAGGUCAUAGACCCAUUCACACUACAGGUGUGCCAGGUUAUGUCCAUGCCUGCUCAUCACUUCCUCGUGGGCAGCAGUUUGACCACACUGCACCUGUGUUCUGAUGGUACUUACCUCUACUGGGUGUGGUCGCCUGUCAGCCUCAAUGAAAAGACCCAGAAAGGCCACUCCGUCUUCAUGGAUGUCUUCCAGUUAGCGACAGAGUCUGGGUUAUGCGUGGUUACUCCUCUGCGGGAACGGGUGAUUUUGUUGCGGAAAGAAGGAGAGCCAUCCAAGUGUCUAAAUGAGUUGUUGAUGAGCCGCAUGUCUCGCUUUCGCGCUUCACACUCAGCCACACUUGCCGCCCUCACUGGCUCUGCCAUCACCAACCCUGUUAAAGAAGAGCAGUCUGCAGUAAAUGCCAGCUGUGGUCUCCCUCUGAAGACUCUGCGGAAGACGCCCAUGUAUGUUUGUGGGACCUACCUGGUAAUGCUGGCCUCUCCUCCUGGUGUGGCUGGUAGUUCUGCCACUCGCUCACUUUUUGGUGGUUCCAGCGGCCUUUCCUCUCUUAAGGUUCUAGCUUCUAGUCUAAUGUUUAACCUGACUGAUGGUCAGUUCAGUGGGCGUGCAGACCUCAUUGAUGCUCCUGGCAGCUCUCUGGGUCGUGGGGCUCAGGUAGCAGGACUAGGGGCCUGCUACGACGCUCUCAAUAACUUGAUCUGGACAUGCUCUAGUGAGUAUAUGGAUCAGUGGUCUAAUCCUGGGAACCAGGCUUUUCAUCAUGUGUGCCAGCGGCUUGGCGUGAGCCAUAUCAUCAAAGAGCCCAAAGAAGAGAUGGUCGAGACAGGUGAGGUGAUUAGCCAGCUGCUACACCAUGUUGGCGCCAUGUGUAUCCACCAGCUGAACCUGCUGGCUGCUAGCAGCAGCAGCCUGCCUCUGGGCUCCUUCCUGGGCAAGCAACAGCUGAUGGAGGCUCACCACUUCAACUCUAUCUGUGACAUAAUGGAGAAAGCUAUGGCAAAUUCUGACACUUGCAUCAUCCGCUGCAUCCUCGUGGUCUUCCAGGUGGUAUUUCGGUUCUUCAACCCCCAGUCGGAGCAGAAUCAAGAAAGUGUGAAACGAUCUGGAUUGCUGUUGUGGCAAAUGCUUAUGGCUCCUGUUGAUCAGAUAGGGGCAGAAAUCCAAAGAGAAGUCUGUCUGGCAAUCAGCUCUGGAUUGAAUGUCUUGUAUCAGGGCGAGUCAGAGCUGAACAACUUGUUAAAACUAAUUCUGACUGAAGGUGAGAGAAAUAGUGGCUUGUCUCAGUUACGUGACAUUAUCCUUAACAAUCUUGCUGACCAGUUACAGAAGAACCGUUUUGGAAGUGAGGAUGAUGACCAUUACCGGCUAAGUGAUGAACUGUUGCACUGCAUCCUGAAAACGGUAGUACGAGAAUCGUGCCUCCUCAUCUCUAAAUGCCAAACAGCUGCCAAGGAAGAUUUCCAGAAGCUUCUCUCUACUGUACCUGUUGCCUCACCAAGUUUGCGAUACCUUAUGGCUGUGCAGAACCAUUUGCUCAGUAACACUGUUCUGAUCAGCCCUGAUGACAGCGACGACAGCGACAGCUCCCUUCAAGGGGAAACAAUGAAGGUACAGGAACUACAGACGAGUAUUCUGUCACUGGCCACUAAAGUCUUGGUGGGCUGUGAUGAAGUGCUUGAGACUCUUCAGCAAGUCACCACUGCUCUUAUCAGCAGUGACAUAAGCGAUCGUGAAAGCAGACUGAAGGGACUUGAGCAGGUGACUAAAGCUACAAUGUUGGGACAUUUGCUACCAGUACUGUUGACCUCUUUGAUGCACCCCAACCUGCAAACCCUGUCCCUAGCUGAUGCUCUCAUGCCACAACUUGUUCAGCUUGUUCUCUACACCAGUCAGACUGCUCUACUUUUGAAGACCCAGUCUGCAUUAUUUGUUGAAGGCUCACUACUGAUGGGCAGCCCAGUAAAUCAUGGCAUCAAGAUGCCCAGUAUUGAUGACAGUUUCCAGAUUCUUGAUGAAAGGGAGGAACCAGGCUUCCUGACUGGUCUUAAAAUCCCUGCCCCCUGGGCUGCUGGAAAAACUGUGGAGACUGUCCAUCCAGUGCGAGACAACUACAAAUUUAAAGAAACAGUCCAUAUUCCUGGUGCUCGCUGUCUUUAUUUGCGCUUUGACCCACGCUGUUCUUCUCAGUAUGACUAUGAUAAGCUUGUUAUCUAUGCUGGGCCUAAUACAAACAGUCGCAAAGUUGCCGAGUAUGGUGGCAACACUCUGGGAUAUGGCAGCCGCAGUGUCCUGGGUACGGGCUGGCCCAAAGACCUAGUUAAGGUGGAGGGAGACACAGUGACGUUCUCCUUCGAAAUGAGAAGUGGCCGUGAGCACAACACUCCAGACAAAGCUAUGUGGGGUUUCUCCUGCACUGUCCGAGCACAGGAGUCUUCGGAGGAUGUUUCUGGUGGUCUUCCAUUUCUUGCUGACCUGGCUUUAGGUCUGUCAGUUUUGGCAUGCUCCAUGUUACGCAUCCUUUACAACGGCCCUGAUAUCACACGAGAGGAAGAGUCUUGCCACGAUCUCCUCUGCUCUAAACUCCUGCAAAGGUGCCAGUGGCAAGUGGAAGCCAACGGUGCUAUCUCUCCUGCUCUUACCCCUUCUCCCUCUCCCCUCCCUCUCACCAUUGACGAAGACCGGGAGUUCACCUACCCCACAGAUGUGCUCAUGCCCCCACCAGGCCUUAUGCCUGGUGUCUGCUGUGAUCUGCCACGUAUCCGCCUGCCCCCAGGCAUAAUGGGCCGUCUGAGGGAGCUUUCAGGCAGGGCCCGCCCUCAGUUCCGCCCCAGCAUCAAAGAGGUUAUCCGACCAGACGUAAUGGAGGAGGUGAUCGUGUCAUGUGUGAUAAAGCACUUGGGUUUGAUAGAUGCACUGCAGUCUCUGGUGAACUUUCAGUAUAGGGAGGAGCACGGAGAGGAGCAUGAGCUGCUAUGCAAGAUCAUGGCUGAGACCUUCAAGAAGAUCAAUGCCAUGGAGAGACAGCUGCAGAGUGUGGCUGAACUAGAACAAAAGUGGCAGAGUGAGGUGGAUGAGGCUCAGCAAGGCAAGCUAGAGAACAACACACCCUUUUUUUAUGAUUACCACUUUUUUGAGAGCAAAAUGAAGGAGCUUGAACUUCUUUGUUCUCUAAAGGAGGUUCCUUUAGACUGGAGUGAUCUAGAGAAUGUAGUGAUGGCAUUAAGAGAAAAAUUUUUUCAGGAGAUCAACUCCACACAGCAGUCUAUAAGUACAGUCCCUCUGGCCAAAACCAAAGCCUUAGUUAAGAGCUUGAUGAAUCGCUCAGAGCUUCUCCUCCAUGUUACCAUUGCUCCACACUGCAGGAGUGUCACCUCAACACCGACAAGCACACCAGCCUGUAAGUCAGUGUCAGACACCAAGACCAUGGUUCCUGUGGUGAAGCAGCAAGUCUUCCUGCGCAGUAUGUCUGCUCCCUCUGAUCUAGAAAUGAUUGCAAACCAAGACCUGGAGUUCACACAUGGAACACAGAGGAGACGUCAUCACCCCACCAGUCACAGAAGCACCUCUUUUACAUUGCUGCAAUCUUUGGCCAUUGAAGACAGCAGAGACAAACCAACCUACAGUGUUCUGCUGGGACAGCUCUUUGCUUUCAUAGGCACUACACCUGACCAAGCAGUGUCCAGCAGUAGUUUUCUGGCUGCAGCUCAGACACGCUGGAGGAGAGGCAGCACCAGGAAGCAGGCUCUUGUCCACAUGAGAGAGCUCCUAACUGCUGCUGUUCGAGUGGGUGGAGUAACUCACCUAGUGGGCCCUGUGACCAUGGUGUUGCAGGGUGGGCCCAGGAUUGAGGAGCUGACCUGUGGUGGCAUGGUGGAGCAGGUUCAGGAGGCCUUUGGAGAGACUAUGACUUCUGUAGUGUCUCUGUGUGCUCGCUAUCCCAUUGCCUGUGCCAACAGCAUCGGCCUUCUCUGCAUCAUCCCUUACACUAGGAGUGAGGAGCAGUGUCUGGUGCGCAGUGGUUUGGUUCAGCUCUUGGAUCAGCUGUGCAGUCUGAGCAGCCAGAAAGACUGCAGCUCCAGUGAGAAACAAACCAAAAAGCAGAAAGUGGCAACCAUGGCUUGGGCUGCCUUUCAAGUGCUGGCCAACCGUUGCAUUGAGUGGGAGAAGGUGGAAGGUGGCUCCACAGAUGGAGUGCAUUCUGGACUGGCACGCCAGGUGUCCAGUCUGUUGACCAACCACCUGGCAAGAGCUACAGAAUGCUGCGGUAAUCAAGCAGCCGGAAAUGAUGCUCUACAGGAUGUGCUCAGUCUACUCAAUGACCUGUCCAGGAGUCACAUAGGCAAGGCAAUCCUUAGCCAACCAGCCUGUGUCUCUAAGCUCCUUUCACUGCUCCUGGAUCAGCGGCCUUCUCCCAAGCUGGUGCUGAUUAUCUUACAGCUGUGUCGUGCAGCCCUGCCGCUUAUGAGCGUGGAGGACUGUGGGAAUGUGGUAUUGCCUUUCUGGAGCUACUCUAUGAACACUCUGGACGCAGAACAACGAGAUGCCAGUGACCCAGCCUCCCGCAUUGUAGCACUUCUGCUAGCCAAGUUAGCCGACUAUGUGGUGCCAGGCUGCCAGACCCUCCUUUCUCCUGCCUCAUCUGAGCCAGAUACCAGCAUUACUCGUGCUAGCCCCAAAAGCAGUCUCAAGACAGACAAAGAUGCUGGAGAAGAGGGAGAAGCUGUGGAUGGCAAACUCUCCAUCUUCAUCCACAAAAGAGAAGACCAGUCUUCCCAUGAAGUGCUUCAGCCAUUACUCAGUAGCUCAGAGGGGCGUCCUUUUAGGCUAGGUACUGGAGCAAACAUGGAGAAGGUGGUGAAAAUGGACAGAGAUAUGACCAAGACUGGGAGCUGUGAAGUAAUCACAGAGGAGGCCUCAGCAGCCCUGCGCAAGGCCAGUAAGUGGGCUCAAUCUGGGCUCAUUGUAAGUGUUGGUCCCCCAGUGGAGACCCUCAUCCAAGAGACCUCAGGAGGAGCCAAUACUGGAGACAAGAAGAAAAGUGCCCAGACUGUGGUAUGCAGAGACAGAAAUGCUGAACUGGCUAGGUCUGACCCAGUUCGUCCAUUCAUCAGUGGUCACGUAGCGAACAGCAUGGCUGCUGAAGUCAUUGCUUUGUUGCACAGUCUUCUUACUGCACCAGAGUCAAACACUGCUCAGAUCUGGACUACUACUGCAGAGAAGGUACUGUCCCGGGCCUUGAUGUACAUACCUCAGCUUGGGAAAUACGCAGAGAACAUUUUAGAGAGUGGCAGCAGCAGUGGCAGAAAGCUGGCUAAACUACAAGCAAUCAGCCGACAGGCCGUGGCUGCCUUGUGCGCCCUGGGUGGCUUCAGGGAGAAUAUCAAGAUUGGUUCAGAGGUCCAGGUGGUAGGUAAAGGGGUGCUGGGAAGUGAUGGUGUGGUUAUGUCCAUUAAUGAACAAGAAGGCAUUGCCACAGUCAAGUUCCAUUCUUGUGAAUAUCGUCAUGCAUGUCAAGCCUCUGACAUCUUGACCGUACCGCUCUCACGCCUCUGCACGCCCCGCUCAGAGGCAUUGCCACUCUAUAAGCUUUCCAUCACGGAGAAGGUGGUGCAGGCAGUACAGUCCAUGCUGCUGCCACAAGAGGGCAGUCUUUCCAUCCACACCUCAUUACCAGCCUCUGGAGAUGGCUCUAGCCCCAUCAUGGCUGCUGUGCGUCUGCUGGCUGAGAUCAGAACUAGAGCAUGUCUAGUGAUGGCUCAGCUGCUGGAGGACAGUUCGUUCUGUGAAGAGUUUAUUCAGCAGUGCCCUGCUGCAGUGGAGGUUCUUAAUCUAGUGGCACAGGAGUGCAGCCCUGGUGAACGACUGGGUGUAGUCGAAGCUCAGUGUGAAAGAUUGAGAAUGCUGUAUCGUGACUGUGCACGCCCCCCUCCUCCUCCUCUCCAAACUGACAGAAGACAGCCAAAGGAGAUUACAUGGUGUCCAUCACGUGUCUUCCCACCUGUCCGUGCCUGUAUGUUCUCAUCCCAUUUGACCUCUGUGACUUUUCUUGCGGACCCCAGCGCUGGUGGUGGGCUGCCUAGAGGCACUUUCAUCUAUGCCACUUCACCAGUUCCUGUACAGGCUCCAUCAUUUUACUGGGAAGUAGAGAUUUUGUCCUACGGAGACUCUGAAGAUGACAGUGGCCCAAUUGUGUCUUUUGGCUUUGCCACAGAAGCAGAAAAGAGAGAUGGCGCAUGGACCAAUCCCGUUGGCACCUGUCUCUUUCACAAUAAUGGGAGGGCUGUACAUUAUAAUGGCUCCAGUUUGCUUCAGUGGAAGAGCGUGAGACUAGAUGUAGCUCUGGUUCCCGGAGAUGUGGCUGGAAUAGGCUGGGAGCGUUUGGAGGGCACGCCACCUCCACCAGGGCAGGCUCCUAAAGGCAGGGUUUACUUCACCUACUGCGGCCAGCGCCUUAGCCCCUACUUGGAGGAUGUGGCUGGCGGCAUGUGGCCCCUUGUCCACAUUCAGAAGAAGAACACAAAAAUCCGUGCUAAUUUUGGAUGCCGGUCAUUUGCCUAUGCGGAAGGACAGGCUCAUAGGAAUGCCGCCGAUCUGUGCAUGGAUCUCUCAGAGGAGAUCAGUGCGAAUUUUGAAGCCCUGCCAUUCGCCAUGGCCUCAGACAGUGACAAUGAUGCUGGUGCUAGUGUGGCAUCUGACUCUGGCUCCCAUGGGCCUCCUUGUCGCAUUGCUGCUGUUGCUACUGCUCAACAACAAUAUAACAGCGAUGCUUCCUGCUCCUACAAAGUUGAACUAAGCUAUGAAAAUAUGGUAACCUCUGGGCCUGACCCACACCCUCCACCAAUUGCUGAUGAUGAAAGUGAUGAUGAGGAUGAUGAUGAUGUGCCAAGGGAGGAUCACUAUGCUUUGCUGGUGAAAGCAUGGGAAACCAAAGUAUUCCCUACUAUCCGCCGCCGCUUCAGGAAUGAAGCCGAAAGGAAAUCAGGACUGGACCAGAUCAAGGGAGCUCUUCAGCUUGGAAUGGUGGACAUUGCACGCCAAACAGUGGAGUUCCUGUAUGAAGAGAAUGGUGGCAUUCCCCGUGAUCUUUACCUCCCCACUAUUGAGGACAUCAAGGAUGAAGCUAAUAAAUUUACUAUUGACAAAGUCCGCAAAGGACUGACCGUGGUUAUACGCUGCCCUGACAGCAACAACACUGGUAGCAGCACAGGAGGAACAGCCUUACCCAAGUUUGCAAUCCGAGGCAUGCUCAAAACCUUUGGACUUCAUGGAGUGGUGCUUGAUGUUGACUCUGUAAAUGAGUUGGUCCAGGUGGAGACAUAUCUACGAAGUGAGGGUGUAUUGGUCAGGUACUGGUACCCUAUUGAGAUGCUGGAACGCCCACCAACAGGAUCACGCAGAACGGCAGCCAAUGGCUUAGUAUCGCUGGACAGCAGCAACAUUCAGGUUCACAGGGAGUUACUGCGUUGUGAGAGUGCCUUGGCGCGUCUGUACUGUCGCAUGGCGUUGCUCAAUAUCUUUGCGCCUAAGAGUCCUCACACCUUCACACGCCUCUUCCACAUCCCUGCUGUACGUGACAUCACCCUCGAACACCUGCAGCUCCUGUCUAAUCAACUGCUGGCUCCACCUCUGCCAGAUGGCUCCAUCAGCUCAAGCUCCAUCUUGCUUGCCCAGUCAGUGCUUCACAACCUGCAAGGCCAGAGCUGCUCCCCAACUGAGCUCUUCUACCAGGGUAAUGCACAGACCAUCCGUGAGUGGCUGACCGUAGCCAUCAGCAGAGCCCUGCACCAAGGAGAGGACGGCUUGUUGGAGCUCACCAAACAGAUCUGCUGCUUCCUCCAGAAUGCCCCAGAGCAGUUUACAUCAGAGGAGUUCCCAGUCUCUGAGUCGAAGGUCAGCAUGGAUGUCAACUUUCCUGGUGCCACAUUUGUGGUUGUCUCUUGUAAAGAGAGCCAGCUUGGUUGCCGAAAAGACUCCUCUCUGUAUAAGGCUCCUUGGGCUCGGGUCAUGGUGUAUGGGUUGGGGCACAAGGUGCGACGUAAUGGCCAGCUUAAUCUGAUGGAGGCUGUAUGUUACCCUCUGGAUGCUUCCCCCUCUAAUACUGGCCUGACACCACCUCCUACAACCAAUCAGUACCCUACCAUUAUCAUUCCCACUGACAAAGUGCACAUCAAACUAGGCGUGUCUCCUGCUCCUGGGGCGGUGUUGGUACUGCAUUCUUUGCCCCUAGAGUUUCCCCUGGCCAUGGCCUUUGCUGAACAGUUAUUGACCUGGACCCUGGGUGACAACAGUGAGCACUCAGAAGAAGAGCUGGACACCGUUCCUUCUUCAGUGCUUUUGCAGGUCGUGGAGCUACUGGGUGGGCUUCUGUGGACCACGGAUCUUGCACCUUGUAUCAAGGAGCUGAUUUUCCACUUGCUUGCUGAGCUUUUCCGCAAGAUUCACCACUUGGAACAGUGCAAAGGCCCUUCAGGUCUAUCCAGCUCCAUUGCACUGCUUCUCAACCCAUGCCUGGCAGUGCUCAUGGCACUCCAGACAGAACUCAGAAAAUUAUAUGACCGUGAGACCCAGAGCUGGGGGCUAGCUAGUGGAAGCUCCUGUCCUUCAGGGAGCAGUGGUACUUUGGCGCUAGCUGCUGAGCAAAGCCGCUUCUCCACAUACUUCCAUGCCCUCAUGGAGGUAUGCCUAGCUGUAGCAGAAGUCACUUUGCCACUCAACGUGGGAAGUGGAACAACAGCUGUGGGAGCACUUUCAUCAUCCAGCGCACCCAACCUUAGCGAUUCCUCAUCUUCAUCAUCAUCUUCACCAGGCCAGACUCCCCAAAGCCCAAGCUUAUUGUCUAAGCGCAAGAAGGUGAAACUUAAACGAGAGCGGGCUGCAGCAUCAGUGUCUGCUGUGGCUGUUGCUUCAGGAAAACGGGGCUCUGGAAGUGGCACAAGACUAUCAGAAAGUGACAGUGCCUUACUAAAUGUGGCUGGGGGAAAGCCCGAAGAUAUGCUCUGGUUUCAUCGUGGGCUGACAUUGCUCAUGAUUAUACGGCACCUAACAAACAAGGAUCCCCAGGGCCUUGGACUCACUGCGGAUGCUGUAGCUGAUGCCUGCCAAGCCCUGGUCGGUCCAACUGCUCAUGGAAGGUUGCUGGUGCUGUCUGGUAUUCCAACUCACUUGGAAGAAGCUGUGGUCCGUAACGCAAUCCGAAAGGCUUGCAAUGCACAUGGGGGCCUCUUCAAAGAUGAGAUCUUCAUUCCUCUUCAGGUAGAGGAUCUUAAGAAGACAAAAGGAGCUGUGGUCAGAACUCCAAGCACUCCCCAAGAUGUAAAGGCAGAGAAACCUCAUGCAAGUGCUAUGGACAGUCCAGAUAGUUCCAGCAGUGCCACCCCAGCUGUAAGCAUGAGUGCUUCAGCCUCAACUAGCCAGACCUCCAUCUGCAGCUCCUCUCAGGGGGUGUCUAGAACUGCCAGUGAGCUGUCUGUGGACCAGGAGCUAUUGGCAGGCACAGUAACCCCACAAGCAGCCCUUACCCAACCACAAGGACCUCUUGACCCCCACACAGUGUCUAGUCAGGAAAGCCUGGAUAUCUCCCUUUGUAGCACAGGAAGCCUUGGUAGUCUUGGUAGCCUUGGUGAGCAGCCUGAUAGUGGAGAGACAGCCUCAUUGUCAGAUGGAGGAUCCUUAUACACAGUCACCUCACUAGACAACAAUGCCAGCAUGACACGACCCAUUAAGGGUUAUGCUGUUAUAGAGGUACGGGCCAGGGCCAAAGUGGAGAAAAUUCGUGCCAGUCUCUUCAACAGCAGUGAUCUGAUUGGCUUGUCCAGCCUUGAUGGUGAGGAGGAACUAAUGGAGAUGACGAAUGAAGAGAUCCUGACUGCCUCCAGUGUUAACCAGAGCCUGUUUGAUACACAAGGCAGCUCUGCACUUGAGGACUACUUCCUUGAUAAAACUAUCAGAGGAGACAAGCUGGUUCCUGGGGCACGGGAUGUGCUCACAGACAUAUUUAAAAGCUGCAUACACUCUGAACAGAUGCUAAGCCUUACACCUACCAAGCCAGUGAAAGCAUCUGAUAUUUAUCUCAGCAAAGAACAGAUCAACUCACAGACACCAGGCAACCUGUUGCACGUUUUCUUCAACCACAUACGACCUCCAAAAAAAAUGCUUGAGGAUCAACUCACACAGAUUCUUCGUAAAUAUGGCACAGUAAAACCCAGCAAAUGCAAAUACAGCAAGGCAGGCAAGGAGCAGCACCAGGGCAAAGUAGUCAGCACCAAGAGGCCUAUUAACAAGCCCCCAAUCAAAGAGAAGUCUGUACUCAACAGUGUCCGCACGGCAUUAAGUGAGAAGAAACCUGUCCUAAAGCCCAAGUCUCCAGAGAAAGCUAGACCUGAUGAAAAAGACCCUGAGAAGUCACCUACCAAAAAACUAGAAGUCCCAGAAGAGAAGUAUCUAACUUUGGAGGGUUUCUACAAGUUCACUGUGGACCGGGCCAAACAGGACAUACGCAGUGUUUGGCGUGCCAUCUUGGCAUGUGGUUAUGACCUACACUUUGAAAGAUGCUCAUGCCUUGAUACACGACAUGCUCAGAAAGUCAGCAGGAAAUGGACCUUAGAAAUGGACAUUGCAUUGGUCCAGUAUGUUAAUCGCCUCUGCCGCCAUUUGGCCAUCACUCCUGCCCGCCUGCACCCCCAUGAAGUGUACCUCGACCCCAUGGAUGCAGCGGACCCCCGAGUCUCAUGUCUUCUGAACAUACCUGUGGAAAGUUUACGCCUGCGCUUUGCACUGCUACAGUCCCUUAAUAACACCCUGGAGUGUUUCUUCCUGCCACUUGUGGAGCUCAGGCAGACACAUACGUAUCAGAAUAGUAUUGCUGCCCUGCUGUGUGAGGCCAAAGGUCUUGUUUUUUAUGACACCAAAGUGACCGUAAUGAACAGAGUGCUGAAUGCAACGGUGCAGCGCACUGCUGACCAUGCUGCUCCUGAAAUCACACUGGACCCUCUAGAGAUAGUGGGAGGUGAGACCCACUGUUCAGAGAACACCUACUUCUGCCAGGCAGCCCGGCAGCUGUCUAGCGUUCCGUCUUCGCAGCUGUGUGUCAGGCUCGCAAGUGGAGGAGACCCUACUUACGCCUUCAACAUCAGGUUCACUGGUGAAGAAGUCCAUGGCACCAGUGGUUCAUUUCGCCACUUCCUGUGGCAAGUCUGCAAGGAACUGCAAAGCACUGCCCUGUCUUUGCUUCUCCUGUGUCCUAGCUCUGCUGCUAAUCGUAACAAGGGGAAGUACAUCCUGAGGCCUGGCCCCAUCAGCUAUGCUGAAGAGCAGCUGUUGCAUUUCUUCGGCCAAUUGCUGGGCAUUGCCAUCCGCGCAGAUGUGCCUUUACCUCUGGAUCUAUUGGGCUCCGUCUGGAAGGGUAUAGUGGGCGAGGUUCUGGAUCCUGAUGCAGACCUGCAGGAAGCCGACCUUCUCACCUACAACUACAUCAAGAAGUUUGAAAGUGUAACUGAUGAGGCAGAGCUUGAGGCACUGUGUGCAGAGAUCUCGUCACAGAACCACUCGGGCGAAAGUCCUGACUCACCCAGCAGCCCGUGCUGUACCUUCACUUACGUCACCAUGUCAGGCGAGGAGGUGGAACUUUGCCAGGGUGGACGCAACCUUACUGUCAGUUGGGAGAACAAGGACAUGUAUGCACGAUCAGUAAGUGCUCUUCGGCUGCGUGAGCUGCAGAAUAUGGAGUGUAUGAAUGCCGUUCGUGCAGGCCUGGGCUCAAUCAUUCCUCUGCAACUCCUCACUAUGCUCAGCCCCUUAGAGAUGGAACUGCGCACUUGCGGUCUCCCCUACAUUAAUCUUGAAUUCCUUAAGGCUCACACUAUGUACCAGGUGGGGCUAAUGGAGACGGAUCAGCACAUUGAGUUCUUUUGGAUGGCACUGGAGAUGUUCACACAGGAAGAGCUCUGUAAGUUCAUUAAGUUUGCCUGCAAUCAGGAACGUAUCCCCUUCACCUGCCCCUGCAAGGAUGGUGGGCCUGACACCGCUCAUGUGCCUCCCUACCCAAUGAAGAUUGCCCCUCCGGAUGGGGCAGUGGGUUCACCAGACUUGCGCUACAUUCGAGUGGAGACUUGCAUGUUCAUGGUGAAGCUGCCUCAGUACUCCUCCCUUGAUGUAAUGGUGGAGAAGUUACGCUAUGCUAUACAUUAUCGUGAGGACCCCCUCAGUGGAUAGAAACCCGCAACUUUUUUUUUCACACUACACAGAAAUCCUGUUUUAUCCAAGCUAACAGUCACCCAGGUUUUAUUGCUAUGACUGGAAAUGUAGACCAGGACAAACUGAUGGGGCCACAACCCCACUUAUAAAAACUGGAUUUUUUUCUGUGUUGCACUGAGUUGAAUCAGAGCUUUAGACGGUACCUGCUUUUUUACGGGAGAGUAAUGGCACACAGUAAGUUUGUUGGCAAUGAACAAAGAAUGUGGCAUUCCACUUUCUAUUUUUCUUCCCCAUGCUUUCCUGCUAUUCUUGCACUUUUUUUUUGUGAUUGAUCUCAAAUUCCCUCUUUUCUCAUUUUUUAACAUUUUCUUGGUGUUCUUAGUACUGCCUUUUUCCUCUCCAGCCUUGGUGAUGCUUGUUUACACACCUUCAUUCACAGCAGUGCUGCCUGAGUUUUGAAAUAAUUUAAAGAUGUAAAUGAAAAAGACAAGGGUAUUGAUAUACGUGUUUAGAGAGUAUAGGACAGACUCAAGAAAGGACUACCUCCUACUUCAUAGACUAUUAAAGAUUUAUAGUAAGAAAGGACUUCUUUUAGCAUUCUUAUCAAAAAGGAACUGUUGAUGCUACUAGCUCAACUUGCAUCUAAAACUUAGCAUGUGUUAUGGUUGAGUAUAUAUUAAUAUGUAUUGUAACAGCAAGAUGGACUACUUUGGGCAUACUUGAGGAUUUCUCUGCCUAUAUUGAUAAAGGUGCAUAUAUUUUAUUUGUAAAACAUGUACAAAGUCAAGUUAUAAUAAUAUAUUGAGUUGUGAAUUUAGUAUCUUUUUUUUUCCAUUUGGUUGCUACAGUGGGAAAGAUGUGGGUCAUAACUUGAGCUCUUUACCAAAUGUGCAAAUGUGAUUUUGUCUAGCAUAUCUGUAGUCAUGGCACUAUUACAGCCUACCAGAAUUUUUUUUUUCUUUUUUUUUCUGGAGCAUAACAACUUUAUCUCUCUCACCGGUUGUAUGCAGUUAUACUUCUAAGUAUCCUUCUCUGCCGUUCCGGUAGCAAAAGCCCUGCAUACAUUGUUUAUCAUACCAUCAGGUUUUGCGGGGAAUCAAGUUAUGUAAUUGUCAGCUAAAAGGAUUUAUAUGGAUUCUGCUCCUCCAGUACUGAAAUGCUUUAGGUGUGUAAAAGCACAUGCCUUAUAGAUAUACACAUAAGCUUCUGCCUUGAGUAUAGAAGAUUUUACCUGUAGUCACCAGGUAUUUCACUGUUUUCACAUUGUUCUUCCAAAAAUAUAUCUACAAAAACUUUGACUUGAAACCUGGAAUUGGAUGUUUUAAGGGAUUUCCAGUUGUCCUUUAACUUUGGAAGAAGUAGUAAAACAUUACUUACAUUUAUUGUAUCUCCAAUGGAUUUUACUGUUCACUCUCAUGCUUAUGGUGAAAUAUUUUGUGUAACCUGAAUGGAACCAUUGUGACAUAGAUGCCUCUUGAAAGACCCACCAGAGACCUGCCCCACAAUGUUCAAAAUAUACACAUGGUUUGGGGCACAUCUUGAUGUGGUUGUUGCUCUAAAGGAUAUUCUUUCUAUCUUUCUCAUUCAGAGGAAGAAUAAUGGGUUUGUCAAAGGGCAUCUGCAUAAAAAGAACAAAGAUCUCUGCUGUACAUAAACUUGCUAUUUAUUAUAAUUAUUUAUGGUUGCAUUAACUUUCCCUGUCUUACCUCUGCACAUCUGAAACAUAACACAGAUCUGUGAAUGAAUUCUACUGAGGUGAUAUUGAUUUCAAGAUGUGUCACAAUGAAAAUAAAAUAAAAAUGUCUUAAUGUA